CAAAAAAAUUAUCAUAAGAUCUAACAGCUUUUUCAUCAGAAAUUGUCUUUAAUGCAUUAAAAGACAAAAAAAAACAUGGCACAGUAAGCAGAAUUAGAUUGCAAACACUAUACUGAUCGUAAAUAAAAGUUGUCUAAAUGGGCAAGUUGACAGAGUUUGCAAUCCUAUUUGAUAACAAUCGUGAAGUAUUUUAUCCUGGCCAAAAUGUGUCUGGUUGUGUCGUCAUGACGUUAAGUAGUCCAAUGGAAAUGAGAGGAAUCAAGCUAAUAGCUCAAGGAAAAGGAGAAUGUCGUUGGAGUGAAACAACAGGAACAGGGGAUAAUCGUCAUACCAAUCAUUAUCGUGGGUCUGAAAAUUUAUUUGAAUUUCAAUUAUGGGUUCAUGGAAACUCUGCAAAGUUUACAAAUGAAGCUGGAAGAUUUUUUUUUCCUUUCGAUUUUAUUCUUCCUCCAGUUUUACCAAGUUCAUUUGAGGGGUUUCAUGGACACAUUCGAUAUCAAAUCUUUGCUGAAAUUGAUAAACCAUGGAAGUUUAACCAUAAAACAACAAGAGCAUUUACUAUAAAUGAAGUAAUAGAUACAAAUUUUCCAAAUUACAACUCAUUACUCAGUGGUUCAACACACAAAGAUGUUGGUUGCUUUUGCUGUGCUGCUGGCCCUUUAGAUCUUACUGCAAGCAUUGAUCGAAAGGCCUAUUGUCCAGGUGAACUUAUAUUAAUAACUGCUGAGGCUCAAAACAGCACUACUCGUAACAUGGCUGGAAUGAAAGCUCAACUCUACAAGCAUAUAGAAUACAUUGCUAAAGGCAAAAGAAAACAUUGUUCUGAAAAAAUUGCUAUAAUUCAUGGUUUCAAAAUACCAAAAGGAGAGUCUGCUUCUUGGCAAAAUCAGCCUUUUUUUAUUCCUGCAACAUGCCCAACUAUUUUAACAUCUAGUGUUAUACACGUCUGGUAUGAAUUAUGUGUUGAAGUAGAUGUUUCUUGGGGAUUUGACCCAGCUAUAAGAAUGCAGAUUAUUAUGGGUACAGUGCCACAUUUCUCAACAUAUUGUCAACCUGGUCCCAAUUUUCAACCUACUCAAUUUCAACCAAACCCCAAUCUUCAAAGUCAAACACCAAGUGGUUUUAUGGGUUACCCACAGAUGAGUCAACCUUUAUAUGCUCCUAUGGUCGGAGCUACUGCAAUAAAUAUAAGUGAUAAAAACGAUGCUCACAUUUUUGGUAACUUGAAUUACAUACCAGUUUAUGCGUUUAAUAAUAUGCAACAGGCACAAAUAAAUAGUUUACCAGUUGCUAAUCCGAUUUCUUCAGUUGUUGAUCAACAACCAGUGUUAUUAUCUCAACCCCCUCCUAUGAACUAUGGUCCAACAAAUUAACUACGAUAUCGUACAGUACAUUGCCUCAGUAACCGUUUUAAAAUAUCAUUCGUGCACAGAUCAAUGUGAGAUGCAUCCACGUUUAUCACAAAUAAGUAUUCUAUGAUUAUCCACACAUCCACAAAUAAGAAUUUUAUGAUUUCUUGAGCAAAUAUGCAAAACGAAAA